AUGCAAGACUUGAAGAAUAAUUCGAUAAUUGUUGGUGCCUUCAAUUAUUAUUCUAUAUUUGUAUGGAGGAAAUUUGUUUAUCCGAAUGGGAUAAUAGAAAAUACAAAUCCAUUUAGUUUGGAUGAUUUGAUAGGGAGAGUGUCGAAUAAUUCUCAAGAUUUUACAAAGUUUUAUUCAACCAAUGGACAGCCAUUUGGAAAGACAAGGAAAUUUAAAAUUCUUUGUCCACAACUGUAUCCAUGUCAGAAAAUAUGGAGCUCACUGACAACAAAUUACAACAAGACAUGGAUUGAUCAGAAUUUUGUUGUGGAAUCACGUUCUUCAUUCUAUCCUGAUUGUAUUUAUGGAUCUAGUUUGGAAUUGGGAGAUGCCUUAUUGUUGAAUAGUUUUGAUUUUGCAUUCUACGUGAGAGUGAAUCAAUUUGUGACGAGGAAGGGUCUAUUUUAUGGAAUGGGAACGACACCAUCGAGUGAUGGUACUUAUUACAAUCCAACUGAUUUUGUACCCAUUCCAUUAUUUCCAUCACAGGUUUUGGUCAAUUCGAUUGAUGGAAGUGGUUCUUUAUUUUCGAGUCAAAUCAAUAUGAGAAAUUUCACAAAUGUAACAGAUUGCUCAUUGAGUAGAUAUCAUGACACUUAUGUGUUGGACACUUUGCAUGGUGUUGUGAAUUUCACACAUACUGAGAUUGAUUUAUUGGAAAGUGUACAAUCCAUCAAAUUACAGAGGGAUUGGUCUUUCAUUGAGAGUUACCUUACUUUAAACAAUUCCCUAGAUCAAUUCAAUCAAACACAAGUAUCAAACUUGCUCUACAAUUCCACAUGUCACUGUUGCACCACCACAACCUGCGCUGCUGAGAAUAUUGAUAUUGGUGAUUACCUUCUCUUUAUUAUCAUUGUCCCAGUAUUUUUCUAUUUUGUAAUUCUGUUUGGAUUUUCACUUUACAAAACUCCAUCAGUGAGAACCAGAUUGGCAACCAUCUACAUUUCUCCAAUUGUGGUGGUCUUUGUAGAACUUCUCUUUUCAACAAUGGUCAGAAAUUAUUGUCGUUCUGUACUGCUACCACUCACUUUACUAUUUACAGGUUAUGCUGGAUCUGCAUAUCUAUUGAUGGUUGUGAGAUUCUUAUAUAUUAAGAAUUUAUAUAGAAUUAUCAAAAACUCAAAGAAUCCAAGAUUUGCAAGAUGGUUAGCUUCUGAAAAGGUUGGAUGGGGAAUUGUUUUAAUUCUUCCUCUAUUUUUACAAUUUAUCUUUGUUGCACCUUCCAUCAUUGCAGCUGCAGUUGAUUUUAAUAACUUGGUGGUUUUCAACAAUAUUUACUUUGUAGUGUUGGCAGCAUUAGCCAUUGUACUUGCCUUACUGUAUAGUGCAAUAGAUGCAAUUCUAAAUUGGAAAGAGAUCAAGGAACAGGGACUUCAAAAAUACUUUUUCUUUGCUGAUCCAGCUCACAUUCGAUUGGAUAUGAUGGCCCUGUUUGUUCAAGUGAUAUUAGCCAUUAUAUUGGUUAUAUUGACACCAGCCAAUCAAACACAACUAGGAAGUAACAUUGUCAGAUUUAUAAUUGCUGUUUGGUUGUUAGCUGUGAGUGGAGGCAUUGCCAUGACAAUUGAAAUAGUCAACAAAAUUAAGGCAAGACGAUUCAAAAGAACAAAUCGUUCCAGUGUUGAAAGAGAACAAAAUUUAUUCGAACACCUCCUCACAAAUAAUCCUUCUUUCUCUACACUAUUCAAAGAGUACAGUUAUUAUGAAACUUCAUUGGAAAACUGUAAUCUGUUUGACAAACUUUUGGAAAUUAAAAAGGCAGGAUUUGCAACAAUGGAACAAUUGGAACAUAUUGAAUCCAACUUUAUUCGAAUGUAUUCACCCAAUGAAGUCAAUAUUCAUCACAAAAGUAAGGCACGUUUCUAUGAAUUAUUAGACCAAAUCAGAGAAAAGAAGGCAGAAAAAUUCUCAGUAUCUGGCUCAGAAAUUGACAAACAAGUUGAAGCACUUUGGCACCAAUUGACCAGUGACAUGCUCUAUAAUAUGUGGGAUACGUAUGGUCGUUUACAAACCACUCAACAAUACAGAAAUUGGCUCAUUGUUUAUGAAGUGCACUCCAAACAAGCUCUCACCACUGAACCACAAGAAGAAACAGAAAACAAAACAAUCUAA